AUGGUUGAAAGAGACGAUGAAGCAACCAUAUACGUUGCCAAGAAUGGUGGGCUCGAUGAGGUUGAUAGCUCGAUGUUGCACGUACUUCCAAUCUGGGUGAGAGCCAUUAUGGCUAAUGGUCGCCAUCGAAAUAUCACCAAGGACGCUACGCUCAAGAAAUAA